ACUGCGCAUGCGCAGAUUGCAGCGAGCGCACCGCAUUUAUUUUCGCUUACAGUUUCAGCUGACAGCCAAAUCGUAAAGUUCGACUUGCCUGGCCUUUUUUUUUCCCUCCAAAUUACAUUUUAACGACGUGUUGUAUAAAAUUUUAAGCUUCAAUCAACGCGAUCGCGUGACAUUGUUGCUGACGUUGACGUUCGUCAUGCCGCGAGGCGGGAAAAAGGGCCACAAGGGCAGAGGGAAGCAAUUCAGCAAUCCCGAGGAGAUUGACCGACAGAUGAAAGCCCAGAGAGAGCUGGAAGCAAAUGCUGGCGUGGAGAAAGAGAGCGGUUCCGAGUCUGAAGAGGAGAGUAGCAGUGAGGAAGAGUCCGAGUCUAGGAAGAGGAGUGGCGUGGAGGGACUUAUAGUAAUUGAGAAUCCCAACCGCAUGUCUCAGAAAAGCAAGAAAGUGACCGAAGUAGAUGUUGAGGCCCCUCGAGAGCUGUCUCGCAGAGAGAGGGAGGAGAUUGAGAAGCAGAAAUCCAAGGAACGCUAUAUGAAGCUUCAUCUUGAGGGGAAGACCGAGCAGGCGAGAGCUGACCUGGCUCGGCUCGCUAUUAUCAAGAAACAGAGGGAGGAAGCUGCCAAGAAGAGAGAUGAACUCAGGAAAGAUGCAGAGGAGACCAAAGCAAAGCGCUAGUCACCUUCCCACCAACUUCAACAUGCACGGCGUUCUCAGAGGGACAGAGAGAAGCGAGGGAACACAUUUGAGUAGCGUCAGAACAUGGCUGCCCCACUCCAAGCUCCCUCGAAGUCCAACAGAGGGGCCGUGUGCUCCCCACAGCCGAAAACAAAACGGGUGAAAUCAUCAAGAAACGAAGAGCAAUGCAACAUUUGGGAUCCCUCCACCGGUUUUCUAACCCUCACUCUUCAUUCUUUUUACAUUCUCUUCUUAAAUCUUAACGCUGCUAAUUAUUUCCAUGCCUUCUGCCACUCACGUUUUUACAAGUUGUGGUUGGGACUCAAAACAGCAGGGAGCCAACAUGAGGAGGUGCUUUAACUUUUCCUUCAACCCGACUGGUCUUUGUCGGAAUGCAGCAAUAGUAGGAUGCAAAUUCAGAAUAACGUUUUCAUUUCCUCAACACAUGACCAGUUUGUGAAGUGGACGUUUUUUUUUGUAAUGCCUCAAAGCAGAAGGACUAUUACUUUAACUACCUUUUGAUAAGCCUUGCUUAUUUGUACAUUUUUUUUUUUUUAAAUCGAUAAACUGUAAAUGUCUUUGGAAGCCUUGCAUCAAAGUGGCCUUAUUACAGUUUGGGUGGGAUCCUCUGAUUUUUCUUUUUUUUUUUUUACAGUUUACAAAA